GUCAGUCAUGUUUUGACGCGGCGCAUUUUUUUUUGGUAUAUUUUCCAUUGAAAUUUUCGUACGAGAACGUUCCCGAAGCGUUCCUCUUUUGGAAAAUGUCCAAUAAAUUAUUUCUGUGGGAAUUUCUAAUCUCGAAGAUUAAAUUCGAUCUGAAUGUUUUGUCCGUACCCACCUAUGGUAGUAUCAGUUUCAAAAUAAACACCAGCCACCAGACCACAGACAUCAAAGCCGACGAGUGCCCUUUGGAAGGAGUUCCGCCAGAUUUCCGACCUGGCGAUGGGGAGUUCGUCGUGCAGAUGGGCAAGACCACCUUGUUCUCCGCCACGGCGGAGGAACUGCAAAUCAACUUGAAGGGCAACUCUUUGCUGAUGGACGUGCUCGUGCUCAACAAGAAAGUAGCUUCCUUCACGCGCAAAUGGCCCGCGGCUAUUUUGGAAUUCGUAAAGCAAGUCGCCAGCAGCGGAAGGACCACCGAGAGCUUCGUCUACGACAAGACCUUCGACUUCGCCAACGCCGACGAGAAGAAAAUUGUAUUCGUAGAUAUGAAGAUCAAACUGGUGUUCGUCGGAGAGAACAUAGAAACGUACUUCUCCUUCAGGCACCACGAGCCCAUCUUCAUGAAUCCCAAAUCCCGCGUGGCGUUCUCUUGCAACAAAGAUGUAGCUGCGGAAGGUGUGCCGAGCUUCAUGCCGAUGGCGCCGUUUCAGGACGACGAUAAGGUAUCCUGGAUUGGUAUAUUCGAGAGACCCAUGCCACCGGACGCGAUCAGCGUGGCCCCAUUUGGAGGAGACGGCUUGAGCCGCGCCAGCGCUUACUGGGACAAGAUUUCCGUGAAAUUCAAACCCGACGACAACAAGUUUAUCGAUACUCUCAAAACCAGCAAAAGAACGAAAUUCGCCCAACCUCCAGAAGGUGAAAAGGAAGGUACCGAAUUAACCUCGGAGAAAAUCAUGCGAAAACUCUGCAAGAACCCCGCCUGUCCGGCCGCCAAGAAAUUCAAAGACUACGGAUUGGGUCCUCUAGCCACCGGAGCAGGUCUCGGUACGAUGUACAAGAAAGUCCAACCGACGAAAACCUACCGGUUGAGCAACACCUACGGCGUGUUCACCAACUACGGUCCCUACGGCGUCUUCGCCAAGUCGAAGCUGCCGUUCUUUCCUCCGCAGGAAAUCCCCACCGAUUCCUGUCCCGUCGAUUUCCCCUGCGCGUCCGACGACGAGCCGGCCAUCGACUGCUCCUGCCCCUCGUUGGAGGAGCAACCGCCGUCGAUCAGGAAGAGCAGCUGCAGCUGCAGGAAGAGCAGCAGCCGCCGGCUGAGGGGCGGCGAAGAGGGGAAAAUCUUCGACGACGAUCGCUUCGCGGAGGUGCCGUUGAGAUUGCGCGGCGGUAGCGCAAUGGAGGCCGAGUACCCGCUCGAGGCGUUCGAGUACGAGUUUGCUUUGUACAAAUCGUUGGAUUCCGAUGGGACGGAUUUGACCGAUUUGGCUAGUACGUUGAAUGAGUUUGGCGGUUUUGUUUUGGAUAAUUCGGAGUCGUGGCGUUUGAGAGGCGGCGGUAAGAAAGUGAAAACUUCCUCCAAAUGCGAGGACGAGGAAAAACCUCCGAUGAAAUCGCCUAUGGAAGAAUGUAAAUCGGUGAUGAUUCAAUUCGACGAGAUUCUCACCAAGUACAAGAACGCUUUGGGGCCUUGCGGAGAGGCCACGUGUCCUUUUUCGCAGAACGUGUGCGACCAAUAUUGCAAAAAAAUCUGCAAAGCCAACGAGGAUCCUUGUCCCUGCGUGCAGAAGGACAGCUGCAUCGAGAAACCCUGCGACAUCGACGAAUGUCCUUUUAAAGAGAAACCCCCUGGAAAAUUGAAAGGCGGCUGCGGCAGUCCCAAGUGCCCCUACGCCCAAUACAAAUUAGGGCUCGUUACCGACGAUGCCGAGCUCGAACUGGCCUAUCUGCCUCCGCCGAUUCGUGGAAAAUGCGGCGAUCCGAAAUGCGAGUAUCCCCCGCAAUUUCUCGCCCUGCCGCCCAUCCACUGGGACUGUCCGGAUCCCCUGCCGCAGGGCUCCUGCAAAAAUCCCAACUGUCCUCAUCAACCGGCAGGUCUGAGAGAACUGAAAGUGCCGCCGCCGUCGGCGCCGUGCGGCAGCGCUUGCUGCCCCUACGCUCUGCCGCCCCCCUGCGAUUUGCCCAGUUGUCCUUUCAAAGAGAAACCGUGUCCUUUUAGGCGGCGAAAAAAAGCAGGUGAAGCAAAUCCUACAUGUUCUUCGUCGGAAUCGGAAGACGACGAUGGUGCUUGUUGUAAUCCAGAAUGUCCAUUCAGCGGUGGUAAACAAAAAAAGCCCAGUAAACCCAAAUGUCCACCACCUCCUGGUUGUUGUCCACCGCCACCUGGUUGUUGUCCCCCACCUCCAGGUUGUUGUCCCCCACCUCCAGGUUGUUGUCCACCACCUCCUGGUUGUUGUCCAUCACCUCCAGGUUGUUGUACACCGCCACGUUGUUGUCCACCAUCUCCUGGUUGUUGUCCAAAACCUCCUGGUUGUCCACCACCUCCAGGUUGUUGUCCACCACCUCCUGGUUGUUGUCCAAAACCUCCUGGUUGUUGUCCGAAACCUCCUGGUUGUCCCCCACCUCCUGGUUGUUGUCCGAAACCUCCUGGUUGUCCACCGCCUCCUGGUUGUUGUCCGAAACCUCCUGGUUGUCCUCCACCUCCUGGUUGUUGUCCGAAACCUCCUGGUUGUCCACCACCUCCGGGUUGUAAACCUCCAAAGGGUUGCAAACCCAAACCUAUACCUUCUGGUUGCAGCGUACCCUGCUGCCCGGAGAAGAAAAAGCCUGGUUGUUGUUGUGAGAAGGAUAACGAUUCGGAGGAGAGUUUUUGCGACAGCCCUGAAUGCCCGUUGAAUGUCGCCAAACGUCCCAAAGGCACCGGCUGUUUGCCCAAGCCGACGUCCUGCGAGAACCCCGAAUGUCCUUCGAGGGCCUACCAGCGACACAAAAAAAAGGAUUCCGACGACGAAUUGAUCUGCGACAACGACGAUUGUCCUUACAGGGAAGGAAUGGGAAAUAGGGACGACGACGAUGUUUGCGCGAAUCCUUUGUGUCCUUACAACGACGCGCCAAAGAAGAACCAGAAAUGCGCCAAUCCGAAUUGCCCUUUUGCCGGUGCCGAAGACGGUGAUUUCGAUGAUUUCGAUGAAAAUUACGAUGGAAGCAUCUGCUCGAACGCGGAUUGUCCUUUUCAGGCGUACAAAAACAAGAAGAAAAGCGAUGCUUGCGAUAAUCCCUGUUGUCCGCAAAAGGGGAAACUAUCCAAAGAAACCGAAGAAGUUUGUAACGAUUGCACUGAUUUGCUGUGUAAUAACCCGGAUUGUCCGAAUUUCAAACCGCCCACAAAAUCCUCCGGUCCGCAAUACUGCGACAAUCCGGUAUGUCCUUUCUCCAAAGAAUACCAAACGUCCGUUUGCGUGGAUCCGUUUUGUCCCUACGCCCAGCCCUUGCCCUCCUGCGGCAUCCCGAACUGUCCCUACGAGAAGAAACCCAUCAUGUUCUGUCCCAGUCCCAUCUGCCCGUCCAAGUUCCCCAAGACCCCGGUGGAAUCGGAGGCCGAGGACAAACCUCCGGCCAAACCCUCUCCGAACGCUGAAGACAAGAAGAAGAAGGAAAGGCGGGAUUCCGGCACGUCGGAAAAACAACAACCGGCGGUCAAAUCCAUCGGCACCGACACGAAAUCGAAGAAAGGCAAAAGCUCUUACGCCUACGAGCUGGGCGACCAAUGGCCCGGCGUGAAAAUCGGCCACAAGGAGUGCCUGUUGCCCUACUUCAGGGUGCCCCAGAAGAUGGGCUGGAUGUGGUGCCUGCAACAGCCGUACUUCCGUUGCAAGGCGAGGCUGGCGGCCGGGGUGCAUCUCCAAGAUCGUGGCGGCCAUCAUCAAGGCGCACCGCGAACAGAAGGGCCUCGGCAUACUCAACGUGCCGGUGUUCGGCUCGAAGGGCGGCGCCGGAAAGAGCUCGGAGGGCUCCAACGUCAACGUCAAACCCAAACCGACCUUGCACAUCACCAAGAAAGACGGCGUCUUCAACAUCAUCAUGAAUCCUCUCAAGGAUCCCAACACCCUCGCCGAAACCGAGGAUCCCUACAUGGAGUGCACGCCCAUGCAGUUCAAGAUCACCAAGAACAAACUGCAAGGAGGAGGAGACGACGAUUUCUGCCAUUGCAACGAUCCACCGGACGACAGCGACGACAGCGAGCUGGACAUCGAGUUCACGCCGCCGGCGGGAAUCAUCCAUCCGGACAGGUUCAAGAGGAAGAAGAACGUCAUCCACAUCGAGACGCAGUACAAUCCGGCGGAUUUCGCCGACAAGAAGAAGGCGAAGAAGCCGCCGACGAAGAAGGACAAGGCGAAGAAGGGCGGCGGCGGCAAGAAGAAGAAGGAGAAGAAGAAGUACGUGGAUCCCGGUUACUGUUAGAUGUUUGUAGAUGUUUGUUUGUGUCGAAUAAAAUUG